UUCUCACUUCGGCUGUUUAUAUUUCCCUCCCAGAAUUUGAAAAUAAUAACAGAGUUUCCCUCUUUCUCUCUCCAGCACCCUCUGUGAGUCUACAGUUUGCAUCUCAAUUCGAAAAUGCAAGCGUUCAAAUCCGAAGAAAUCAGUCAAUUGCAGAUCGUGGAACGUGAAGAGCUCGAGGAUGAAGAAGAUCUAUUUGAAGCCAUUGAUAAGCUGACUUCUCAUGGAAUUAAUGCGGGAGAUGUUAAGAAGCUUCAGGACGCUGGAAUAUAUACAUGCAACGGCUUGAUGAUGCACACAAAGAAGAACUUGACUGGUAUAAAAGGUCUAUCGGAGGCUAAAGUUGAUAAAAUAUGUGAAGCUGCCGAGAAGAUAGUGAAUUUUGGCUAUAUCACUGGAAGUGAUGCUCUGCUCAGAAGGAAGGCUGUUGUACGUAUCACUACUGGAAGUCAAGCUCUUGAUGAACUGUUAGGAGGUGGUAUUGAAACUCUACAAAUUACCGAAGCUUUUGGGGAGUUUAGGUCUGGAAAAACACAGCUGGCUCAUACUCUCUGUGUUUCAACACAGCUUCCAACCAAUAUGAAAGGAGGGAAUGGGAAGGUUGCUUAUAUAGAUACUGAGGGAACUUUCCGACCUGAUCGUAUAGUUCCAAUUGCUGAAAGGUUUGGCAUGGAUGCUGGAGCUGUACUUGAUAAUAUAAUAUAUGCACGUGCCUACACAUAUGAGCAUCAGUACAACCUACUCCUUGGUUUGGCAGCAAAGAUGUCAGAAGAGCCUUUCAGACUUCUGAUUGUUGAUUCAGUCAUUGCUCUCUUCCGAGUAGACUUCACUGGAAGAGGAGAACUUGCAGAACGCCAGCAAAAGUUGGCUCAGAUGCUCUCCCGAUUAACAAAGAUUGCUGAAGAGUUUAAUGUAGCAGUGUAUAUGACAAACCAAGUGAUAGCUGAUCCAGGUGGUGGGGUGUUCAUAUCUGAUCCAAAGAAACCAGCAGGGGGACAUGUUCUUGCUCAUGCAGCCACUGUGAGAUUGAUGUUUAGGAAGGGAAAAGGUGAACAGCGUGUCUGCAAGAUAACAGCAGGAGGAAUUGCAGAUGCGAAGGAUUAA